AUGGGAACAACGAACAACUCCUGGGCCCCCAAACCCAAACCCGAGGAAGACGAAGCCUCGCCCAGCACUCCCGACACAACGACGACGACCGCCACCACAACCACCCCCAGCACCACGACCCCAGCCAACGCCCUCCCACCACCCGUCCCGCAAAAACACCACCACCAAGCGAUCGCCGACCCCCUCGCGCACUUCCUCGCCAUCCCGUGGACAGCGCGCCUGCUCACCGACCCCGCGGCGUUCGGCAUCGUGGUCUCGGACCGGCGGCCGCUGGCGUCGGGCGACAAGCAGUUUGUGCGGAGCGUCCUGAGCAGCCCGACGACGGUGCGCGCGUGCGUGACCUUUUUUUUGCGGCUGCCGCUGGUGCAAGGGGUGGCGGCGCAGGGGGUGGUGCCGGUGUCGAAGAGCAGGGCGCUGUUGCAGGGGUGGGGGUCCGCGCGACGGGGAGGACCCUGA